GGCGCGAAGGGGUUGUCGGGAUGGGGGCCGGAGCCAACAUGGAGCCCUCAAUGGGAUGAGGGUGAAGCUGCCGUUGCCGGCUGCUCGUGUAGUCUCGUCCCAUCAUGUUGGUGCACUUAUUUCGGGUCGGGAUUCGGGGUGGCCCUGUCCCAGGCAGGCUGCUACCACCCCUCUGCUUCCAGACAUUCUCGGCCGUCAGGUCCUCUCAUGGCCGCAGCUCCUACCUCCUCAGGGCCGCAGCCCAGCUGAGGUCCCGGCUCUGGGCCCACCUCCCUCGAGCACCUCCACCUCCCACCCGAAGACCCUGUGCCUGGCGCUGGGUUGGGGGAGUCCUUCUGGGCCCCGUGGUGUUGAGUAAGUGCCCCCGCCUUGGCCUCGUGGCGCUGUGUGAGGCAGAAGAGGCUCCUCCCACCCGCUCCAGACCUUAUGCUGGGGAGGCCCGCUUUCACUGGAAGCUCUUCUGGCAGUUUCUGCGCCCCCACCUGCUGGUCCUGGGGGCAGCCAUCGUGCUGGCACUGGGUGCGGCCCUCGUGAAUGUGCAGAUCCCCCUGCUUCUGGGCCAACUGGUGGAGAUCGUGGCCAAGUACACGCGGGACCACGUGGGGAGCUUCCUGACCGAGUCCCGGCAUCUCAGCAUCCACCUGCUCAUCCUCUAUGGCGUUCAGGGGCUGUUGACCUUCGGGUACCUGGUGCUGCUGUCACGCAUCGGCGAGCGCAUGGCCGUGGACAUGAGGAGGGCCCUCUUCAGCAACCUACUCCAACAAGACAUUGCUUUCUUUGAUGCUUUAAAGACUGGGCAGCUGGUGAGCCGGUUGACAACUGACGUGCAGGAGUUUAAAUCAUCUUUCAAACUCGUCAUCUCCCAGGGGCUGAGAAGCUGCACUCAGGUGGCCGGCUGCCUGGUGUCCCUCUCCAUGCUGUCCCCCCGCCUCACGCUGCUGCUGAUGGUGGCCACGCCCACCCUCAUGGGAGUGGGCACCCUGAUGGGCUCAGCUCUCCGAAAAUUGUCUCGCCAGUGUCAGGAGCAGGUUGCCAGGGCAACAGGCGUAGCGGAUGAGGCCCUGGGCAAUGUUCGGACCGUGCGGGCUUUCGCCAUGGAGCACCGGGAGGAGGAACGCUAUGGCGCGGAGCUGGAGGAGUCCCGCUGUAAGGCAGAGGAGCUAGGCCAAGGCAUUGCUUUGUUCCAGGGGCUCUCCAACAUCGCCUUCAACUGCAUGGUCCUGGGGACCCUGUUUAUCGGGGGCUCCCUUGUGGCUGGGCAGCAGCUGACAGGGGGAGACCUCAUGUCCUUCCUGGUGGCCUCCCAGACGGUACAGAGGUCCAUGGCCAACCUCUCCGUCCUGUUUGGCCAGGUGGUGCGGGGACUCAGCGCAGGGGCCCGAGUCUUCGAGUACAUGACUCUGAGGCCGUGCAUCCCGCUGUCUGGGGGCUGCCGCGUCCCCCAAGAGCACCUGCGCGGGGCCAUCGCAUUCCAUGACGUCUGCUUCAGCUACCCCUGCCGCCCCGGCUUCCAGGUGCUACAGGACUUCACACUCACCCUGCCCCCUGGCAAGAUUGUGGCGCUUGUGGGCCAGUCCGGGGGAGGAAAGACCACCGUGGCUUCCCUGCUUGAGCGAUUCUAUGACCCCACGGCGGGCGUAGUGACGCUGGAUGGACGGGACCUGCGGACCCUCGAUCCCUCCUGGCUCCGGGGCCACGUCAUCGGCUUCAUCAGCCAGGAGCCAGUCCUGUUUGGAACGACCAUCAUGGAAAACAUCCGCUUUGGGAAGCCGGGAGCCACGGACGAAGAGGUGUAUGCGGCUGCCCAGGAGGCCAACGCCCACGAGUUCAUCACCAGCUUCCCGGAGGGUUACAACACCGUCGUGGGUGAGCGGGGCGCAACCCUGUCUGGCGGCCAGAAGCAGCGCCUGGCCAUCGCCCGUGCCCUCAUCAAGCAGCCCGCAGUGCUGAUCCUGGAUGAGGCAACCAGCGCGCUGGACUCGGAGUCCGAGCGGGUGGUGCAGGAGGCCCUGGACCGCGCCAGCGCGGGCCGCACGGUGCUCGUCAUCGCCCACCGGCUCAGCACCGUGCGCGGGGCCCACCACAUCGUCGUCAUGGCCCACGGCCGGGUCUGCGAGGUGGGGACCCAUGAAGAGCUCCUGACAAAAGGCGGGCUGUAUGCCGAGCUCAUCCGGAGACAGGCCCUGGAUGCCCCAGCUCCUAACGUGCCCGGAGGCCCCAGGCAAUGCAACCCCAAGUCCUGAGGUCUGGUCACUGCCGAGCAUUGGUGCCCAGGGCCAAGGCUUAACUCCAGGAGCUGCCAGGGACCAAGCACCCAGGACGGCCAGUGUGCCGGGGUCCAGGCGGCUGCUCUCCCCUGCACACGAUGAGACCUGGGCUUAGCGUUGAAGUGGGGGAAGUAGGGACUGCUUCCAUCCACUCCCCGCUCCUGCUGCCAGGCUGCCUCCCUCCUGCGGGAGCCAUAGGUCACAGAGGAGGAGGCAGAGUCCCCAGGCCCCCGGUCUGUUCCCUCCUUCUGCCCAGACCCUCUCGUCCCCUCUCAGAAAACCUGCCAAGUCUCCCCUCUACCCGAUAGCCUAAAGGUGUCCAGGCCCAGCUGCGGGGAAUCUUUCUAAAUCAGGCUCAGGGAGUGGGAAUGGGAAUUCACACUAGGGUGGCCCACACCCAUGCCAGGACCUCACCUUCCUGGACCCUGACUCCCAACUCUCCUCUGUCCCCACUGCCUCUCAGCCGUGGGAGAAGGAGCCCGCCCCUUGGACCAGCCCCUCAAACCACAGUCCCCGUUCUGAGAACAACUUCCCUUCCUUCCGACUCCAUUAAGACGGUCCUUUUCCUAGAUUUCACCCCCACCCCCCACACCCCCAUCCAACAGAACAGGUGGGUUGGGACACCGGCCCCUGGCCCUUGGGAAAGGGGUAGGAGGGCAGGGCAUGGCAUGGUCUGUUCCACAAGGAGCUGGAAGUUUACAGGCUGUCUUCCCAUGGCCCCGGCUCCGUGCACCUGACUCUUCGCCCAUGAGAUUGCGGAAGCCCCUCUUCGUGAGGACACCCUGCUCUGAACAACACAAGAGCCGACAUGUACCCCCAACUCCAGCCACACGGAUCAUACAGUGCUAGGUCAAACUGCGAGGGACAAGUUACAGCUUAGCCCCCAGGCCGAUGAAACACAAAAUCGGGUGGAUUUAUCCUGUGGCUCUAUCCAAGGACAACGCCAUGUUUCCGUGGCGGCCUCGAUAUGCAGGACAAGCAGAGUCCGUCACGACUGGAGGCCAUCAGGGGAGAAUAUUGGUGGCUCAGGUGUGCAGAGCUGGGGCCGACAGUCCCUGCAGCCUCUUCCGGGUGUGGUUUGGGACCAGAUGCUACUCUGGGGACAAAGCACCUGAGCAUUUCAGCUAAACCCUGGUGUGCUGCCCUGCUUCCUGACGAUGAGAGGUCGCAUGCCAGGAUGGCCCCAGCCCAGGCAGCGGAGCGUGGGCUCUGCGUGGCUUUGCCACCAAACACCUCCCUAGUAAGUGCAGCCCAGAGCCAGCCUCAGCCCCUGUAGCCAAGCCUGCACGGGCCUGCCUCACCCCUCCUCGAGGGAGAGGCAGCAGAGGCGAGCUCCUCCUGCUCCACCAGCUCCAGCCUCCGCCGCCGGAGAAAAUUCCAGGUCUCUUCUGACCUCUUCAGAAGGCCUGUCCAAAGCCCGCACCCUCCCCCACCCCCGCCCAGCUAAGGAAAUAGUGCGAUCUGUGGGAGGCCUCAGCCUCGCCCUCGCCUCCUGCCACUGUCCCCCGUGGGUCACAUGCCUGCUGUACUUCAUCCUGAGAGUUUAAGAGUCUAAAUGGGGUCAUAUGCGGGACGCCUGGGUGGCGCAUUUGAUUGCGUGUCUGAUUCUUGGCUUCGGCUCAAGUCGUAUCUCAGGGUCUUGGGAUCGAGCCCCACGUUGGGCUCCACGGUCAGCGCAGGCAGUGUCUGCUUGAGAUUCUUCCUCUGCCUCUGCCCCCCCACUCAUGCGUGCGCGUGUGCAUGACCUCUC